AUGGAUACGUCUGUAAACCUAUCAACUGGAGCAAAACUUCCAUUACUGGGUCUUGGGGACAUAGCAGAUGAAACGGCUCUGAAAUUGGCAUUACGUACUGCACUGGAUUUUGGUUAUCGUCUGAUAGAUACAGCUCAAGUUCAUGGCAACGAAGCGAUUAUUGGGGAUGUCCUUCGCGAGUUCUUUAGUAGUGGUAAAUUGAAGCGAGAAGAUAUCUUAAUUACCACAAAGUUACUUUUCUACGUUUGUGAACCUGAAGAUGUUGAAAAGUAUUUCGAUAGGCAGUUUAAUGACUUGCAGCUGGAUUAUGCCGGUUUUUAUUUUUUUCACUGCCCUUGUAUGACUGAGGUAGAACGUCAUAUUUAUUGGCCACAGCAUGGACCUUUUGAACUUUGCAAGAAACAUGGCAUAACAUUUACUGCCUGUGUCUUUCUUGGUUUUCCAGCUAGAACCGAUUGUGUUCCAGGUCACAAAUGGCCAGAAGGGAAGCCUUUGAAAGACAAAUCAGUGCUUGAACUUCCAAAAGAAAACGGUAAGACCCCUGCACAGGUUUUAAUACGACAUUUAAUUCAACGUGGUAUGGCAGCAAUUCCUAAGGGCACGAGGCCAGAACGAGUUUGUGAGAAUUGCAACGUACUUGAUUUCAAGCUCACAGAUGAUGAAAUGCACAAGUUAAAUAACAUGAGCACCAAAGUUCGCCUUUGUCCCUUCCAAUGGUGA